AUGUCGAGUGUAUGUGGGAUGAAUACAAUCCGCUAUAAGGGUAAGAAGAAAUAUGCUGUGAAGCUGCGCACUAUUGAUAGCAGUAUAUUCGAGGAUAAGUUUCUGAAUGAAACUGAAAUGGAAAACCAGCUGGAUGACCACGUGAAUAUUGUUCGAUACAAGAAACAUCACAUCGAUUCUACUGUACAAGAACGUACAUUAGUCUUUGUGACUCAGCUAUGCAACAAUGAGAAAUUGGAAAAUCUGUUGCCGACAUUUUCUUUUAAGCAAAAGAAAAUACUGCUUAUACAACUUUGUCAUGGGCUGAAGUACAUCCAUGAUAAUCAAAUUGCUCAUAGAAAUCUUACACCAGGCAAUGUGCUACUUUCGUUAGAUGGUAAGAACAUCAAAAUUAUGGAUUUUGGAAUCAGCAAGAAGUUUGCAUUGGAUGAAAAGAAAAUCAUUACCAGAUCAACUGGGUUUAAUGGAACCCUCGGUUGGGUUGCAUCAGAAAUGUGUUCAGACAACCGAUCCAAAGGAUUCGAAGCAUGGGUCAAGGCUGAUAUAUAUUCAUUAGGUCUUCUUAUUUAUUAUAUUUUCACUGAUGGAAAACACCCUUAUGAAGGAGAUGCUAAUGACAAGCAUCAAGGGAUCAAGAACAAGAAACCACCAGAUUUCUCAUUCAUUGAAAAUAGCGAAAAAUUUCAUGAUAGGUAUUUAUUAAUCGACAUCCUGAAGGCCAUGCUCAGUCAUGAACCAGACGCUCGUCCUGGAAUUACACAAAUACUUCAGCAUUGCAUUACAUGGGAUGCAGUAAAGAAGAUGAGUUUUAUUAAGGAUUGCCAUCUCUAUCUUGAACAACCUCGUGAUGAAGACAGGCAAAAGCCAAAGAGAAAAGCAAAAAGACAACUUGAACACAAUGGAACAGUGAAACAGAGAAUGGCAUACAUUGGCAAAGAAAGCAUUGAUAAUUACAGCAGUGAUGACAGUGAAGAGUUUGUUCAGUUCGGCAGAAGUGGAGGCGCACCCAAGGACAAUGACGGACCUGAGCUGACAGAAGAAGAAGAAAAAGCAUUGGAGAGAAUUCAUGAAAUCACUGGUGGAGACUGGGUUGAAUUGAUAAAGAAAAUGCUAGAAGAUCCCAACAGUGGAAAUAAUAAAAGACCGUAUGAGAACAGCUUUACUGAUCUGGUUCGUUAUAUACGAAACACUCAUGAAUAUUUCAAAGACAAUACAAGAAAAAUGAAAUCUAAACUUGGCUCAAGAAAUGAAGGCAUGUGGAACUUUAUUGCUUCAAACGUUCCAAAGUUCUUCAUUUACCUAUUCAAUCUCAUGAAAAAUGAGUUAGAAGAAGAUGAUAAAAAAAGGUAUUUGCAAGAAAAAGCAAAGAAUUGUGAAUUGCCACAAGAAUAA